GAGGCCGGAAGCAGGAAGUGAGCGGGGUGGGCAGGCCGGCUGGCAGUUGGAGGGGGCGUGAGACCGGUUGGCAGACCCUGAGGAUGGAGGGGAUGGGGGCGUCAAAGCUACGGGGGAGCGACCACCACGGCUUCUGUGAACGUCAUGCCGCGCUUUCGACCUCCAGCCCUCAGACUCCUACCACCCCGGCGUUCUUCUUGCCCGCCCGUCGGGCGAUAUGACUCCAGCGCGUCCUCCUUUUGCCGCUCCACCAAACAGCUGGGUUCCCCGAUGCCUGUUAUCCCCAUCCCCCGUCGUGUUCGCUCAUUCCACGGGCCCCACACAACCUGCUUGCAUUCAGCCUGUGGACCGGUAAGGAACACGCACCUGGUGAGCACCAAGUACAACAACUUCGACAUCUACCUGAAGUCCCGAUGGAUGUAUGGAUUCAUCCGCUUCUUGCUGUACUUCAGCUGCAGUCUUUUCACUUCCAUCCUCUGGGUGGCGCUCUCUGUCCUGUUUUGCCUUCAGUAUCUGGGCAUCCGAAUAUUCCUGCGCUUCCAGUACAAACUGUCCAUCAUCCUCCUGCUGCUGGGACGGAGGCGAGUAGACUUUAGCCUCGUGAACGAACUCCUUAUUUAUGGGAUCCACGUAACGAUGCUGCUGGUUGGUGGUCUGGGCUGGUGUUUUAUGGUGUUUGUAGAUAUGUAAAUAGGUGCAUGCCAACGGACGGGGCGCUUCCUUGGAAGUUGGAGACCAAGUUCUGUCUUUUGUUUUUCUUUUAUUUAUCUUCUUUUUUAAAAUAAAGGCAUGUUACGAGACCCGAA